UCCAGCUGCUGGAAUUGUAACAACUCUUGCAUCUUUUUUAAAAAGCUUUUAACUAGCAUAGCUGCAGAGAAGCUUGAAAAGCUACCUUAGUAUACCCCCAAAAUAUCAAAAUCCCAUUUUCUUAAAAAUCUCAAUACUUAAGUAUCAUGAAUUUUGCUUUGAACACCUAGGCUUGACAAGGCUGCAAUUGAUCAGAGAUGGUCUAAUAACUAGCACAUCCUCUAGCAGUCCAGAUUAAAAAGAAAAUGAAAGACGAAAUCGCUGCCACUGUCUUCUUCAUCACAAGGCUGGUGAGGAAGCAAGACAAACUGAGCAAGCACAAAACUGAGAAAUUUGCAGCUAAGUUGACGACAAUACUGUUUGAAAAGUAUAAGAACCACUGGUACCUAGAUAAUCCAUCUAGGGGACAAGCCUUCAGGUGUAUACGGAUAAACAAAUAUCAGACAAGAGACCCUGUACUGGAAAAAGCUUGUUCUGAGAGUCAUGUGGAUUUUGAUAAGCUUGGCUUGCCAAAAGAGAUCACCAUAUGGGUUGACCCAUUUGAUGUGUGCUGCAGGUAUGGUGAGAAGAAUCUGCCUUUCACAGUUGUUCACUUUGACGGUGCUGAGGAGGACCGAGAGAUCUCUCAGCGCAUCAGCGAAGCUGUUGACAAAGUGACUUCAGAUUAUUAUUCUGGCACCUCCUCAGAUGAGGAGAGUUAUACCAAGGAAGCUAAAGCUAUCCCUACGGUCAGCAACCCAAAUAGUGUGUACCAGUUUGGAGACUACUGCAAGCUGCCCCUCCAGCCAUGGUCUUGGUAUCCUCGCAAGAAGACCUAUACAACCAAUGGAUUUCAUCAGGCAAGUGCUUACUAUCCCCAGCACAAGGGCUUCAAAUGCUACUGGCCCUCAAUUGCUUUUGCUGGACCUCGUGUGGAUCGUUAUCAUUGGGUGAACACCAAUCGAUAGAGCAGUGUCUGCACCACUCUAAACCUGGCUCGUGUGGCUGAG